GGCUUGUGAGACUUCACUUGCAUACGGCGACUUCUCUACUUAUCAUAUACUUGAGCAAACCUCAACUUUCGAUUCCCUCGAUUGUUCACCACUAACUCUCCACUCCUUCACUCGCGUACAGCUUCAAUCAUGAGUAUUGGUAAUAACGGGAAUAGAAUCCAAUUCAGUUUCGACGAUCCUUUCCACGACUACCCAACAGAAUCCCCACUUAUACAUCUCAACAUCGCUCGGUGGACAUGCGUUGUUUGCUUCAUGCCCAUUCUCAUAGGGCAACAGGUAUUCCUCGUUGAGGAAGCCGGCCCAAUCUACAUUCGAACUAUAACCACUCGAUCCGAAAACAACUGUCCGACACCCGACUGCAUACCCUGUACGUCGCUCCCCCUCGCGUUCCCAUGCCACAUCUUCUGCCACUGCCUCGCGCGGGACCUCUCGACCAUCCACGAGCGCUGGCGAGUCGGCUUCGCGCUGUCUCCCGCCCUGACCCUGGACCGCCAGCCCACCAUGGACUCCGUGCUGGACUUCCGGUCUACGUUCAACCAGCGGACGCUCUCGGAUGUGCUCAGCGUGACGACCUGCCCCGCCAGUGCUGCUGCGCCGGGUGAUGGUGGUGGAAGCAGCAGCAGCAGCAGCAGCAGUGAGGGCUGCACGUGCCUACGCUGCAUCGUGCAGCGCUGCCGCAGCCUGCCCAACGAGAUCCUAGACAACAUAGGGAGCCAGUUCGACUCUGCGUUCCACAUGCGGGUGUUCGUGGCCCAUGGCGAGGGGAUGAGGCUGUUGGAUGUGUUGGGGACGGAGUCGAGGGGGGGGGACUACGCGGUGUCGUUUGAAGGCGAGGUGUAUGCUAGGUUUUACCGGUUCGGCGGGACGAGGUACGUGACGUCGUUGUCGAAUAAGGAGGAGAAGGGGUAUGAGUUGAUUAAGGAGGAGGGAGAUGAGUCUAAAGGUGUGGUUGUGUUUCUCGAUAAUAUUGGCGUUACGGAUAUUGAGUUCGUGGCGGACGAGACGACGGUGCCGAGGACGAGGGGAGUGGAUUUCAUGUACUACAUGAAGCUCGAUGGCGAUGGCAAUGGCAAUGGCAAUGGCAAUGGCAAUGGCAAUGACAAUCGAGUUCACGUUCUUACAAAGGGCAUCUUCAUUAAACGGAUCUUACGUACAGAUCCUUCUCGUAAACGAAGACCCCAAAUCAUCUGGCGGUGCUCGAGGUCAUGUCUUCAUCCUCCUGAAGAUGUUGACCUUAAAUUUAAGACACCGGGAGACAGAACCAUCUUCUAUGAUGGUGGUCGUGGUGGUCGUGGUGCUUAUGAAAUUUGGAGAACCCAGCAAUACUUGCCCGACGAUAUUAUUCUCCACCAUGUUGACCUCAAAAACAUCUCCGGAAUCUCAGUCGCCUUCUGCGGAGAGAUCAUCCACAGCAUCAUCUCCCAUCGCGAAGGCGAAGCACCAAACCCGGCCGCCUACGACGCCCAAGAACCCAACCUCGUCUGGAUCCACUGCCCCCUGGCCACCAACGAACCCAUCACAAGCAUCUGGUACACCCACCACACCGACCUCAACCUCUCCCACAAAUCCGCCUCCAUAGCAAUCCAAACCCCCUACAAAAUGGCCUGGUUCAUCACCGCAAACGCGGGCAUCCAAUCCAUCCCGAGCGUCAUCUCGCUCGCCCACCCAACCUUCCUCUUCCACACCGACUACUACGCCACGGGACCCUUCGUCGUCGGCGCCGUCUACCCCCCCUCGAGAGCACCGCUCCCGUCCCGGCCCCCGGACCCCGCGCUCCCCACCGCCCCCGAAUAUCACCCCGUCCUCGCGGAAUGGUUCCACUCGUCCGCACGGCUCGACGCCGUCCGGGCGCUCCAGCUCUGCCUCGACGACGACAAGGGCGGUCGCUGCCUCGGCAUGAUCGUGCACUACCGCCUCUUCAGCGUCGUGGUGGGUGAGGUGCGCUUCGAUAAGAGGGUUACGGGGAGGUUUGAGAAUCCGAGGGAGAUUAGGUAUAAGCAGACGAGGAACAAGAGGAUGAAGUGGGCGUGGGUGGAGGUGGAGGUCGUGUGUUGGGGUGACGGCGACGAGGAAGGGGAGGUGAGGGAGGUGAGGGAGGUGAGGAGGGGGAGGAAGGGGAGGAAGGGGUGGAGGGUCCAGGCGAUGCAGGGGACUAUAGUUUGGAUAUUUGGGGUUGGGAGGGCCGAGGUCAGCUUCGUGUAG